UUUCCUCUGUCCCCCAUCCUCACCAUGUCUUCGACUCAGGGCAGUGGGGAUCACUGGAAGUCACUGGAGUCUGUGGGCAUCAGCCGCAAAGAGCUGGCCAUGGCCGAAGCCCUGCAGAUGGAGUAUGAUGCUCUGUCCCGGCUUCGGCACGACAAGGAGGAAAGCAGAGCCAAGAAGAACACAGACCCCUCUCUCAUCAGCUGGGAUGAGCCCGUCCUAGACUUCUACAGCAAGCCAGCGGGAAGGCGGAAGGACCUCAAGCUCUUACGUGGUCUCUCUGGCUCUGACCCUACCCUCAAUUACAACUCGCUCUCCGCACAGGAAGGGCUGCCCAACCACUCUACCUCCCAGGGCUCCCAGCCUGGCCUAGAUCCCUGGCCCAAAGGCUCCCUGGCCGGAGACUAUCUCUACAUUUUUGAUGGUUCAGAUGGGGGGCUCUCUUUGUCUCCAGGACCGGGGGACACAGAUGACUCUUUGAAGAAACUGUCCCCACCUCCUCUGCCUCCCCGAGUCUCUAUCUGGGACACUCCUCCCCUGCCUUCCAGAAAGGGGUCCCCCUCAUCCUCCAAGAUCUCCCAGCCCAAUGACAUCAACACUUUUUCUUUGGUCGAACAACCUCCAGGCAAACUGCUGGGGCAUCGGCUCCUAGAAGAGGAAGAGGAGCUGGGAGGUGGGGGUCCAGGGCGCCUACUGGGGUCCAUGGACUAUGACGGUAUCAAUGAUGCCAUUACACGGCUCAACUUGAAGUCAACCUAUGAUGCAGAGAUGCUGCGGGACGCCACCAGGGGCUGGAAGGAGGGCCGGGGACUCCUGAACUUUGGCAAGGACACUCCUGGAAAACCUGUGGCCCGGAGCAAGACCAUGCCCCCUCAGGUGCCCCCCCGCACCUACACCUCCCGCUACGCCAACCGGAAAAAUGGGACACCUGGCAAGAACCUCCAGACUUCUGCAGCUCCGGUGGGCUCCCGGCCCCACGCCAUCGCCAAUGGCCAUGAGUUGUUUGAGGUCUCAGAGGAGAGAGAUGAGGAAGUUGCUGCGUUCUGCCACAUGCUGGAUAUCCUCCGAUCUGGCUCUGACGUCCAAGACUACUCCCUCACUGGGUAUGUCUGGAGCACUGUCACCCCAAGCCCGGAGCACCUCGGGGAUGAGGUUAACCUGAAGGUGACCGUGUUGUGCGACAGCCUGCGGGAGCCACUCACUUUUACCUGCAACUGUUCCUCCACUGUAGACUUGCUCAUCUACCAGACCCUGUGCUAUACCCAUGAUGAACUGAGGGGUGUCGAUGUGGGUGACUUCGUGCUAAAGCCCUGUGGGCUGGAGGAAUUCCUGCAGAACAAGCACGCCCUGGGCAGCCACGAGUAUAUUCAAUACUGUCGAAAGUUUGACAUCGACAUUCGGCUACAGCUGAUGGAGCAGAAAGCUGUACGCAGUGACCUGGCCCGGACGGUGAAUGAUGACCAGAGCCCCUCCACCUUGAACUACCUCAUCCAUCUGCAAGAGAGGCCAGUCAAGCAGACCAUCAGCAGGCAGGCCCUGAGCCUUCUGUUUGACACUUACCACAAUGAGGUGGAUGCCUUCCUGUUGGCGGAUGGCGACUUUCCACUGAAGGCCGACAGGGUGGUCCAGUCCGUCAAGGCCAUCUGCAACGCCCUAGCCGCUGUGGAAACCCCUGAGAUCACCAACGCUCUCAACCAGCUGCCCCCCUGCCCUUCCCGAAUGAAGCCUAAAAUUCAGAAGGAUCCCACCGUCUUGGCUGUGAGGGAAAACCGAGAGAAGGUCAUGGAAGCCCUGACAGCUGCCAUCUUGGACCUGGUGGAGCUGUACUGCAACACGUUCAAUGCGGACUUCCAGACGGCAGUGCACGGGAGCCGCAAGCAUGAUCUGGUCCAGGAGGCCUGCCAUUUUUCUGGGCCCCUGGCCUUUACGGUCUAUGCCACCCACCGCAUCCCCAUCAUCUGGGCUACCAGCUAUGAAGAGUUCUACCUCUCCUGCUCCCUCAGCCAUGGCGGCAAGGAGCUGUGCAGCCCCCUGCAGACCCGAAGGGUUCACUUCUCCAAGUACCUCUUCCACCUCAUCAUCUGGGACCAGCAGAUCUGCUUCCCUGUGCAGGUGAACCGGUUGCCUCGGGAGACCCUGCUGUGUGCCACUCUCUAUGCUCUGCCCAUCCCCCCACCCGGGAGCUCCUCGGAGUCCAAUAAACAGCGGCGGGUGCCCGAAGCCCUGGGCUGGGUCACUGCUCCGCUCUUCAACUUCAGGCAAGUCCUGACCUGUGGCCGGAAGCUUCUGGGCUUAUGGCCAGCAACACAGGAAAGCCCCAGUACCCGUUGGAGUGCACCUAAUUUCCAUCAGCCAGAUAGUGUCAUCCUGCAGAUUGACUUUCCCACCUCAGCCUUCGACAUCAAGUUCACCAGCCCCGCUGGAGACAAGUUCAGCCCCCGCUAUGAGUUUGGCAGCCUCCGGGAGGAAGACCAACACGUGCUUAAAAACAUCAUGCAGAAGGAGUCCCUGUACUGGCUCACUGAUGCUGACAAAAAGAGCCUGUGGGAGAAGCGGUAUUAUUGCCACUCAGAGGUGAGCUCACUCCCCCUGGUGCUCGCUAGCGCCCCCAGCUGGGAGUGGGCUUGCCUGCCCGACAUCUACGCUCUCCUGAAGCAGUGGACCCACAUGAACCACCAGGAUGCCCUGGGGCUCCUGCAUGCCACGUUCCCAGACCAGGAGGUGCGUCGUAUGGCUGUGCAGUGGAUCGGCUCCCUCUCUGAUGCUGAGCUGUUGGACUACUUGCCCCAGCUCGUGCAGGCCUUAAAGUAUGAGUGCUACCUGGACAGCCCCUUGGUGCGCUUCCUCCUGAAACGAGCUGUCUCUGACUUGAGAGUGACUCACUACUUCUUCUGGUUGCUGAAAGACGGCCUCAAGGACUCUCAGUUCAGCAUCCGCUACCAGUAUCUGCUGGCAGCCUUGCUGUGUUGCUGUGGCAAGGGGCUGAGAGAGGAGUUUAACCGCCAGUGCUGGCUUGUCAGUACCCUGGCCAAGCUGGCCCAGCAGGUCCGGGAGGCUGCCCCGUCUGCACGGCCGGGGAUUCUCCGCACGGGCCUGGAGGAAGUGGGGCAGUUUUUUGCCCUCAAUGGCUCCUGCCGCCUGCCGCUUAGCCCCAGUCUGCUGGUUAAGGGCAUCGUGCCCAGGGACUGUUCCUACUUCAACUCCAAUGCAGUCCCCCUCAAGCUCUCCUUCCAAAAUGUGGAUCCGCUGGGCGAGAACAUCCGUGUCAUCUUCAAGUGUGGGGACGACCUUCGCCAGGACAUGCUGACCCUGCAGAUGAUUCGCCUCAUGAGCAAGAUCUGGGUCCAGGAGGGGCUGGACAUGCGCAUGGUCCUCUUCCGCUGCUUCUCCACUGGCCGUGGGAGAGGGAUGGUAGAGAUGAUCCCCAACUCUGAGACCCUGCGCAAGAUCCAGGUGGAGCACGGGGUGACCGGCUCCUUCAAGGACCGGCCCCUAGCCGACUGGUUGCAGAAGCACAACCCUGGGGAGGACGAGUACGAGAAGGCUGUAGAGAACUUCAUCUAUUCUUGUGCUGGCUGCUGUGUGGCCACGUACGUCUUGGGCAUCUGUGACCGUCACAAUGACAACAUCAUGCUGAAGACGACCGGCCACAUGUUCCACAUAGAUUUUGGCCGUUUCCUGGGCCACGCCCAGAUGUUUGGGAACAUCAAGCGGGACCGUGCCCCCUUUGUCUUCACCUCGGACAUGGCGUAUGUCAUCAACGGGGGUGACAAGCCUUCAAGCCGCUUCCAUGAUUUUGUUGACCUUUGCUGCCAAGCCUACAACCUCAUUCGCAAGCACACCCACCUCUUCCUCAACCUUCUGGGCCUGAUGUUGUCCUGUGGGAUCCCUGAGCUCUCAGACCUGGAAGACCUCAAGUAUGUGUAUGAUGCCCUGAGGCCUCAGGACACAGAGGCCAAUGCCACUACCUACUUCACCAGGUUGAUUGAGUCCAGCCUCGGCAGUGUAGCCACAAAGCUCAAUUUUUUCAUUCACAACCUGGCUCAGAUGAAGUUCACAGGCUCAGACGACCGGCUGACCCUUUCCUUUGCUCCCCGAACACACACUCUCAAGAGCUCUGGCCGCAUCAGUGAUGUAUUUCUCUGCCGCCACGAGAAGAUCUUCCACCCCAACAAAGGCUACAUUUAUGUGGUAAAGGUGAUGCGAGAGAAUGCUCACGAGGCCACUUACAUCCAGAGGACAUUUGAGGAGUUCCAGGAGUUACACAGUAAGCUGCGGCUGCUCUUCCCUUCUUCCCUCCUGCCCAGCUUCCCUAGUCGCUUUGUGAUUGGCCGCUCACGGGGAGAGGCGGUAGCGGAGCGGCGGAGGGAGGAGUUAAAUGGCUACAUCUGGCACUUGAUCCACGCAGCCCCUGAGGUGGCCGAGUGUGAUUUGGUGUACACCUUCUUCCACCCCCUGUCCCGGGAUGAGAAGGCUGCGGGCACCAGCCUGGCUCCCAAGUCCUCAGAUGGCACAUGGGCCCGGCCGGUCGGGAAGGUUGGGGGAGAGGUGAAGCUGUCCAUCUCCUACAAAAACAACAAACUCUUCAUCAUGGUGAUGCAUAUUCGGGGCUUGCAACUGCUCCAGGAUGGGAAUGAUCCCGACCCCUAUGUCAAGAUUUACCUCCUUCCUGACCCUCAGAAAACCACUAAGAAGAAAACCAAAGUGGCCCGGAAAACCUGCAACCCCACCUACAAUGAGAUGCUUGUAUAUGACGGAAUCCCCAAGGGAGACCUGCAGCAGCGGGAGCUACAGCUGAGUGUGCUGAGUGAGCAAGGAUUCUGGGAGAAUGUUCUGCUGGGGGAGGUGCACAUCCGCCUACGAGAGCUGGACCUGGCCCAGGAGAAGACCGGCUGGUUCGCACUGGGAUCUCGAAGUCAUGAGACUUUAUGAGCCCAGCGGAGCCGUUGCCCAGGACCCCAGGCUCAUGGCAGAGCCGGGGGAGAGGACUCUCCCUGCUUGACUUGUCCCUUCCUUGUGUAGGGGCAGGGCCCUUGGUGGGGCUUCCCUCUGUCCCGGCGGAUCGGGCCUCCGUGGUAGGAGGCAAGGAGAGUAAAGAUGCUCUCUGCUAUCUGCUCCUCUGCAGACUGCAUUUGGGUUGGUUGUGAUGAGCAGCGCCUUGGAGGCUGUGAGGGUGCAGCAAAGUUUUAAGUUUACCUUGUGUCAAGGGAGCAAUGCCUGGUUUGGGGUGUGUGUGUGGGGGGGGGCUGUAGAAGUGGCAUCUGGGGGGAGGGUGGGUGGAUAUC